AGCGCCGCACGCUCCUCCCGGAUCGACGUCGUCAGAGCGCCCCGGCGAGUUCAAAUUGCGGCGUUCCCCUGUGACUCCGGGGACGCCACACCGCGGCGACGCCUUCCUGCCGGCGGGGAGGUUUCGCGGCCCCGUGCUGAGCACUCUCCGGACAGCAUCUAACAUCUCUGCCGACCCGGGAGCGCGCUUGCUUUUCCCGCUUUUCACAGAUAAGGAAAGUGAAGGUGUCGCCACACAACAGGAUAAAGUUAGAACAGUUUUCCAUGUGGCUGCUGCAUUGCAGAGCACUGAGCGAAGAAUGCUGCAGAAGGAACUAUGAGCUCCAUCCUUGAUCUCGUAUAAGUCUUCAGGAGGAAGUCUUUGUCUUCGUAGAGAGGCAUUUGAAACGUGUCUAAGCAGCCAAGGCAGUCCAGGACCAUGGCUGAUAAAACCAAGGAGGCCGGUGACAUUCAUUUCCCUUUUCCCUUCACGCCCUAUUCCAUCCAAAAAGACUUCAUGACAGCGCUAUACCAGGUGUUGGAGACUGGCAAGAUUGGGAUAUUUGAGAGUCCUACUGGCACUGGAAAAUCUUUGAGUAUCAUUUGUGGGGCCCUCUCCUGGCUUCGAGACUUUGAGCAGAAGAAGCGUCAAGAGGAGGCACGUCUCCUUGAAGCGGGAACUGUCCCCUUAACUGAUGGGAAGGACCAGUCCCCCCUUCUCUCUGCUUCCUGCCAAGAGAGCCCAGGCCCUCUGAAGCCUGCUGGAGAACCCGAUUGGGUCACUCAAUUUGUGCAGAAGAAAGAAGAACGGGAUUUGGUGGACCGACUCAGGGAGGAGCAGGUCAAGAGGAAGAAGCGAGAAGAGCGCCUGCAGCAGAUCCGCCACAACGCGCAGCUCAAGUAUGCAGCCAAGCGCGUGAGACAGGAAGAAGAAGAGACUGAGCGUCUCCUCCGCCUCAGCAAGGAGAUGCUGGCCGCAGGAACAGGGGCCGAGCAGCUGGAGCAGCUGGCGUCUGGGGAGGAGGAGCUGGUCCUUGCCGAGUAUGAGAGUGACGAAGAGAAGGGAGCAGCUAGUGGAGUGGAUGAGGAUGAGGAUGACCUGGAGGAAGAGCAUGUAACUAAGAUUUAUUACUGCAGUCGGACCCACUCCCAGCUGGCCCAGUUUGUGCAUGAGGUGCAGAAGAGCCCCUUUGGCAAGGACACCCGGGUUGUCUCCCUGGGCUCCCGGCAGAACCUUUGUGUAAAUGAAGAUGUGAAAAACUUGGGUUCAGUGCAGCUCAUUAAUGACCGGUGCAUGGAGAUGCAGAGAAGCAAGCACGGAAGCAAGAUCAGAGCUGAGGAAGAGGAGGUAGAGAAGCCCAAGCGGAGCCGGCAGGAGCAGCGUGCCACCUGCCCCUUCUACAGCUACGAGCAGCUGCAGCUCCUCCGAGACGAGGUCCUGGUGGAGGUGAAGGACAUCGAGCAGUUGGUGACCCUGGGGAAGGAGGCCCGGGCCUGCCCCUAUUAUGGGAGCCGGUUUGCCAUUCCAGCAGCCCAGCUGGUGGUGCUGCCCUACCAGAUGCUGCUGCACGCAGCCACCCGGCAGGCGGCGGGCAUCCGGCUGCAGGGCCAGGUGGUGAUCAUCGACGAGGCACACAACCUGAUCGACACCAUCACCAGCAUCCACAGCACCGAGGUCAGCGGUUCCCAGCUCUGCCAGGCCCAUUCCCAGCUGCUCCAGUAUAUGGAACGUUAUGGGAAGCGUCUAAAGGCCAAGAACCUGAUGUACAUCAAACAGAUCCUGUAUCUGUUGGAGAAGUUUGUGACUGUGCUCGGUGGGAAUAUAAAGCAAAACCCCAACACACAGAGCCUGUCGCAGACAGGGACAGAGCUGAAGACCAUCAAUGACUUUCUCUUUCAAAGCCAGAUAGACAACAUCAACCUGUUCAAGGUGCGGCGCUACUGUGAAAAGAGCAUGAUCAGCAGGAAGCUCUUCGGCUUCACAGAGAGGUACGGCACGGUCCUCACGUCCUCCAGGGAGCAGCCCAGACUGGCUGGGUUUCAGCACUUCCUGCAGAGCCUGCAACCUGGGGUGACUGAAGCUCCUGUGGGCCCUGCAGAGGAGGGAGAGGCUGGGGCGCCACGGCCUGCUUCCCCGCUGAUGCACAUCGAAGGCUUCCUGGCAGCGCUCACAACCACCAACCAGGAUGGCAGGGUCAUCCUGAGCCACCAAGACACCCUCAGUCAGAGCAGCCUCAAGUUCCUGCUCCUGAACCCCGCUGUGCACUUCGCGCAGGUGGUGAAGGAAUGCCGUGCGGUGGUCAUUGCAGGGGGCACCAUGCAGCCGGUGUCUGACUUUCGGGACCAGCUGCUGACAUGUGCUGGGGUGAAAGCUGAGCGAGUGGUGGAGUUCUCCUGUGGUCAUGUGAUACCUCCAAGCAAUAUCCUGCCCCUCAUCCUCACCAAUGGACCCUCCAACCAGCAGCUGGAAUUCACAUACCAGACGAGAGAGCUGCCUCAGAUGAUGCAUGAAACGGGCCGAGUUCUCUGUAACCUGUGCACCAUAGUCCCUGGAGGGGUGGUCUGUUUCUUCCCCUCUUAUGACUACCUAAGCCAGGUCCAUGCCCAGUGGGAGAAGAGUGGCCUGUUGGGCAGCAUGGCUGUCAGGAAAAAGAUAUUUCAGGAACCCAAGAGAGCAAAUCAGGUGGAGCAGGUGCUGACUGAGUAUUCCAAGUGCAUUAAGAGCUGUGGCCAGAGGCCAGGGAAGAUGACAGGGGCGCUGCUGCUCUCCGUAGUUGGUGGGAAGAUGAGUGAAGGCAUCAACUUCUCUGACAACCUUGGCCGGUGUGUGGUUAUGGUGGGCAUGCCCUACCCCAACAUCAAGUCUCCUGAGCUACGGGAGAAGAUGGCCUACCUGGACAAGACCCUUCCCAGAGUCCCAGGGCAGGCCCGCCCAAGGAAGUCCUUGAUGGAGAAUAUUUGUAUGAAGGCUGUCAACCAAUCUAUAGGCAGGGCCAUCAGGCACCAGAAGGAUUUUGCCAGCAUAGUGCUCCUGGACCACCGGUAUGCCCGCCCACCAAUCCUGGCAAAGCUUCCAGCCUGGAUCCGAGACCGCAUAGAUGUCAAAGCCAACUUUGGCCACGCCAUUGCUGCUCUACGGAAGUUUCAUCGUGAGAAGGCUCAGGCUUCCUGAGGGCGUACCACUGCCCAGUUGCCAGGCGGCUCCUCCACUCUGCCCAGCUGAAAAGUUUGUCUUGGGCCUGAUCUGUUGGGGUCCUGCCUACAGGACCCAGGUGGAGUGGCAAAUCUCCAGACCAGGCUCCUUCUGAAAACAGUGGGCUGCCAGGACCCAGGCAUAAGUGGAAUCACUGGGUCCUGGCCGCCCUUGGGCUCAUCUCAGGGUGCUCCCCUCCUUGAACAGAGUCAGUCGUCAUGGGCCGCGGUGGACGCUGCAGCCACCUGUCCUUGUUGACUUUCUCAGUACCUGGCUGCUUGGAGGGGAAGCAGGUCCCACCUGCCUCCCCUCUUCUCCCUUUUGUAGCUAAACUUAGCUGUUCUAGACUUCAUUCUUUUCUUGAAAAUAAGAAAGCCGCCCCCCCCCCCCCCACAUUUCUCGCCCCUGGUGUCCAUGGGGCUCUUAGGCCCAGGAGCAUAUCCCCUCUCCUACCUCUGUAAACCAGAGCUGGUGAAGAGUUUCUGCCUUCAGUUCCCUUCUGUGGCCCGCCCGCUCCACAGCCUUUCCUCUCCUGGGCUUGACUACAGCUCCUCCUUCAGAUCAGCGGCACCGCCCUUCCUGCUCAGCCACUGGGCAGACGCCAAGACCCCUCCUCCCUUGACAUCAGCAGUUAUGCCAAGGGCCAUUAGGCACUCAGCGUGACUAUUUUUAGAGACCCCGUGUCUGUCACUAGGACAGUUUUUCUGUUACAGUACCCUCCCUCCACCUACAAGCGCUGUCCCUGGUGACUCACCUCUCGUCUCCCUGACCCAGGGAAAGGGGCUUGGUCUGCUGGUAUUCUGUUCCCAGUGCGGGCGGGGAGGGCACGGCCUGGCUUCGGGGAGACCGUGCGUUCCGUGCGGCUGUAGUUCCUUGAUGAAAGUACACUGUUAACAUACGCUUGGUCCUUGCGUUGUACUUCUUUAUUGAGCCUUGUACUGUUUCCUCUCGGUCUCUUUAGGGAAGAGGGGCGCACACUGGUGAUGGGGGUAGAGCACAGGCAGGGUAUGAGAGCUGCCCUCACCCAGCCACGGGCCUCAGAAGGCAGCCUGUCAGCUCCUUGAGGAAGGGCCAGCCCAAUGGCUGCUUCCAUGUGAGGGCAAGUCUAAGCCUGGGCUGUGGGCAAGUGGCCCCGGGCCCCUAGGAUUCCCAGUCAUCCUCGUCGUCCUCUCCCGACGGCUGCUGUGGGGGAGGCAAGGGUGGGAUGGAGUCUGACAUCCGGGCAAAGGCUCCUCCGGGCCCCUCGCUGGCUCCAGACCCAGGUCCUUUCCCGGAGAUACCUGGACGGGGAAAGGUGGAGGGUGAGCAGGGUUGAUUUGGGCCCAAGUUCACCCAAUCCCCAGAGGUUUUAACGCGGGGAGAAAAGGGCUGUGUAUAUGACAGGAAGUGCGGGAGACGCCACCCUGGGAAAAUGGCCAGUGCUGCGCCUACCUUUGCGCCUCAUGACCAACUUGUUAAAGAGAUCCGACAUCAGGUCCCCGCCCUGGCUGGUGGCUCUCACUGCAACAAGAAAGCCAUGUGAGGGAGGGUGGAUGGGCCAUGUAUGAAAUCUGCCCUUGAGGUGAAAUCUCAGCUUUAGCCACAUCUGUUCUGUUCUUGCGCCCUAUCAGCGCACCCCAGCCCUCUACCGCUAGUUCUCGGAGCUUUAGUCUAUCAGUAGACCCCGCCCUGGGGCACUAAUAAGAAAAUGGCUGAGUAACAUCGCAGCCACAUUGUGAGACUGGGCAUGUAUGAACAGCCCCAUUGUAUGGAUGUGGCCCAGAGGGGGGCGGGGGGCAGUUUGCCCAGGGUCACAGUGCAAAGCUCAGAAACAGAGUUGGGACUCUUUCAGGCCUGUUGACCUCCAAGGUAUUGUUGCUUUAUGUCCAGAGUUUGUUUAUGCCAAGUUUGGGAUUCAUAGUAGACAAUCUAUGAAAAAGGCCUUAAGGUUUUUUACAAAAGCAGGACUGAGCCAAUCCUCUGUCCUGUCUCUGGAAAGAUCCCAUGUCCCUGACCAUUUCCUUAGGCCGCUAGCAGAUUCCAAGGAGAUUCUCAUGCAGUUUCAACUGGGUGAGCUUAGAGAGGAAAGUUCCACUAAGCAGGUCCCCAAACCAGGAAGCAAGUCUUGGCCCAGACAGGAUGGCAGCAGGGAUGGCCACCCAGUGCUUACAGCAAACACCCUGGGGAAAGCAGGGCCUGGCAGGCUGCCACCUGGGGAUGACAGAGAGCGCUACUCGGUUAGAGGCAAAGGCGGCCCUUUUAGAGGCUCCGUGGAGUGGGGCCUCACCUUGUUCCUGCUCCUUCUGUUUUUUCUUCUCCAGCUUGCGUUCUUUGACACUGCGGAGCUUGGCCUUGCCAAUGCCGCCAGCCUGGCGGAUGGACUCCAGCAGAGUGGCCCGGCCACUGGACGGGUCAACCACUUCCUUAGGAGCACCCUGGACUGGACCUGGGGUGGGAGAGUGAGAAGAGGAAAGGCUGCUGGGAUGGGCCUAGACUGUGGGGUGGCCCCACCCAUCCUAACAUUCUGGGGGCCCAGAGGCUUCCCCUCAGCAGCCUGGCAGAGAGGAAGGGCUCUUGAAAGAGGAAGCCAGUGUCUUUGGGGACUGGAAGGUGCUGACUGCAUCCGCUUGAGCUCAGGAAGUUUUGUCCCCAGGCGCCCAGGUCCCUCCAACCCCACCCAGUUGAUGUAUGAGGCAGAGGCAGACCCUAUGAGCUGUCAGUGUGCCCAGUGUCUGAAUUUGACACUAGCCAACAAGGGACUCUGUGCCAAUUCUGGGUGCCAAGAUAGACUGGGAGACAGUCAAACUGGAAUCCAAAAUUUUAGGGUCACACGGAAUGCUUUUAGUGGUGGUGUUGCUUUUUUUUUGUUUGUUUUUUUAGCAGUCCUCUUUCCCUAUUAAGUAGGGAUGGGCUACCCACCUGUCCAGAUUCCCUCUACCCCACAGGUUAGAAUACGAGGGUUCAAAGGACAUGGUUUGACAACCACUAUUUUAUGUUCCCAGUGGAAAAAAGUAUUUGACUUGAGAACUGUUCUGAAAAUCUAGUAUUUAUGAAUGCUUAAACCUAAAAUCCCUCAGGGAUCCAGAAAUAGACGUGCCCUUUAAGAGAGUCAAUAUCCCCCCCUCCAUGCUGCUCCUACCUGAAGAAGACACGCCACCCCUGUCAUCUUCCCUGGCGUCUUGGCCUGAAGAGGCUAUGAUCUGGGGUGGGGGUGGA